AUGAGGCGCUGCCCGUGCCGGGGGACCCUGAGUGAGGCGGAGGCCGGGGCGCUUCCCGCAGCGGCCCGCAUGGGGCUGGAGGCGCUGCGAGGGGGGCGACGGCGGCAGCCAGGGCAGCAGCGAUCCGGGCCUGGCGCUGGGGGCUCGGCAGAGCGACCGGAGGGGGGCGGACCCCGGGCCUCGACCGAGGGGUUUAGUCUCGGGCCCGAGUCGGGGACAGAAGGUGCACAGACAGAGCCGUGGACACAUGGACUGGCUGAGCCCGAAGCAGCUGGCCUAGUAGUACAGAGGAAGAGUCCCGGCCAACAUACAGAGCCAGAAGGAUCCGGCCCCCAGACUCAUCCAGAAAAGAGCAGCCGCAUGUCAGAGCUGGAGACUACCGGUGCUCAGAGGGAGACUAGAACAGAUGGCUUAUGGGCUAGUACACACAGAACUGACCUGCAGGCUCAGUCAGAGAGGGCCAGCGUCUGGACACAGCCGGGGUUUGCUGAGCCCUGGACAGAGCUAGAAAUACCAGGGUGGCAGACCCAGCCAGAGAGGGUGAAACCCUGGGCUGAUAACCUCUGGACCCAUCAGAGCAGGCCGGACUUCCGGACUUUCCCAGAGGGAGCCUGUCCCUUCACGGAACCAACUGCUGAUGGCUCUUGGAAAGAACUGUACACUGAUGGCUGCAGGAUGCCACAGGAUACCGAAGUCUCCUGGACAGAGCCACACACUGAUGGCUCCCAGAUACAACAAAGUACUGAAACAGCCUGGAAGCAGCCUAGCAAUGUUGGUUUCCCAGUACAGCAAGAAACUCACGAUGACUCCUGGACACAGCCUAGGACUGAUGAUCCCCAGUCAGGACCUGGAACAGACUGCCUUUUGGGGGAGCCCAACCAAGAUGGCCCAUCAAAGGAAACUGAGCCUGUGGAGUUGGUGACUCACCUGUGCUCUCAUUUGGAGUGCAGUUCCCUGUGUCCUGUGCCUCGCCUCAUCAUCACCCCUGAGACCCCGGAGCCUGGGGCCCAGCCAGAGGGACUACCCUCUCGGAUUGAGGGGAGCAGUGGGGGCUUCUCCUCUGCCUCCUCUUUUGAUGAGUCUGAGGAUGACUUCGUGGCCGGGGGUGGAGGUACCAGCGACCCUGAGGACAGGUCUGGGAGUAAACCCUGGAAGAAGCUGAAGACGGUUCUGAAGUAUUCGCCCUUCGUGGUCUCGUUCCGUAAACACUACGCUUGGGUCCAGCUUUCUGGACAUGCUGGGAACUUCCAGGCAGGAGAGAAUGGUCGGAUUCUGAAACGGUUCUGUCAGUGUGAGCAGCACAGCCUGGAACAGCUGAUGGGAGACCCCCUGCGGCCUUUUGUGCCGACCUACUAUGGCAUGGUGCAGCAGGAUGGCCAGGACUUCAACCAGAUGGAAGAUCUCCUGGCUGACUUUGAGGGUCCUUCCAUCAUGGACUGCAAGAUGGGCAGCAGGACCUACCUGGAGGAGGAGCUGGUGAAGGCACGGGAGUGGCCCAGGCCACGGAAGGACAUGUAUGAGAAGAUGGUGGCUGUGGACCCCGGGGCCCCUACCCCCGAGGAGCAUGCCCAGGGUGCGGUCACCAAGCCCCGCUACAUGCAGUGGAGGGAGACCAUGAGCUCGACCUCCACCCUGGGCUUCCGGAUCGAGGGCAUCAAGAAAGCUGAUGGCACAUGCAACACCAACUUCAAGAAGACACAGGCACUGGAGCAGGUGACAAAGGUGUUGGAGGACUUUGUGGACGGGGAUCAGGGAAUCCUGAAGAGGUACGUGGCACGCUUGGAAGAACUGCGCAAUGCUCUGGAGGACUCACCCUUCUUCAAGACCCAUGAGGUGGUUGGCAGUUCCCUCCUCUUUGUGCAUGACCACACUGGUCUGGCUAAGGUCUGGAUGAUCGACUUCGGCAAAACAGUGCCCCUCCCUGACCACCACACGCUCACCCACAGGUUGCCCUGGGCUGAAGGCAACCACGAGGACGGCUACCUCUGGGGCCUGGACAACUUGAUCCGCCUCCUUCAGGGGCUGGCACAGAGUUGACCUGCUCAGCCACUGCCAGGCUUAGUUACAGGAUGGUGCUGGUCUGGAGCAGCCCUGAGAUUGCGUGGGGGCUGGAGGUGGGCAACGGAAGAGGCUGCACCAUAGCACACCACCAGCAUGGGAGGCCCGAAGGGCCUUGGUACACCAGGCAGCUCCUGGCUCUUUCACUGUCCAGGGAACAUGACCAGGCGGGGUCAUAGUGAGCCAGUGGAACCAGAGCAAGUCCCUGAGCUGCCAGGAAGGCUGCUGAGGCAUUGCCAGAGGCUGCAGCCAAAUCCUGCUUCCCUGAGAGCACAAGUUGCUGUCGCCAUAUGGACCCAACACUGCCUAGGGCCACGUGGAUGAUGCAGAAAUGCCUUCUUAGUCCCUCACAGCUCCCAGCUGGCUGAGCUCAGGGCUGGGCCAGCCAUCUUGGCACGCCAGUACCAGGCUUCAACUCUGAGUACGUGCAGGAUCCACCUGUCCAUCUGGGAGUGACAGCACACUCUCUGUUGGAGGCCAUCCAAGUGCUGAGUGGAGAGAAUGACACGUGAGAUGCCUGCUGACGCUGCCCAGGGCAAUGUCCUGGGGUGGGGCGCAGUACAGCCUCCUUCCUGCCCUGCUGCAGCCUGGUGGGGUGCUCCCCUGGAGAUCCUGAUGACCCCCUACAGACCCAGGCUGCAGCCACAUGUGGCCGGGUGUCAGCGCUGUGACCAGUAAGACCUCAUUCUUUGGUGCACCGGAGCAACCUCAGCACUUCCUCCUUCUGUCCCUGAGUCUUGGGCUCCCGUCUCCUCCCUCCCAGUGGACUGCUGCGGCAGCAGUCUCCCAGGCAGGGGAAGCAGGUUCCUUCUUUGGGAAGCACAGUUGCCUUCCUGAGGAUUCUUUGGCCCAGUUCAGAGAAGAGUCCUUCUCCAGGGAAAAGUGCCAGCCUUGGUUAGCUGUUGGCCAUUCCCUUGGGCUUGCCACCUGGCCUAAACCAAAGACUCCAGAGCCCUGGGGUGUGGAACACGCACGCUCCGUUCAGUGCUCUAGCACUUGUAACUUUGGCCUCCUGUCCCACAAGGGUGGGUUGUGACAGGCAUCCACCCUUCUCAAACUGGAGCCCUAAGUUUGUCUUCCGGGGCUGAGCGAAGUCAGCCUUCUCCUUUUCUACUGACGUUCUUUAUACUUAUUUAUAAAUAUGUGAGGUACUUGUUAGGUGGGGUACUGGGGGAGCAUGAGGCAAA